AACGUUCUUCCAUUAUAAAAUCUCAAUUUUAUGAUAGAAAUUGUAAAUUUAGCUCCAUUGUUAUAACAGGAUAUCUUUUUCAAUUUUUUUAAAUGUGAUUUUUGAGAGUGACAAGUAUUAAGAUGGACCGUCUCCUUCAGCAGCAAUUUUCCUUUUUCUUCACUCUUUUUUUUUUUUUUUAAAAAAAAAAGAGUAUAAUUAGAAACACAGAAAUAUGGAAAUCCGAGGUGUCGCAAUAACGCCACAAAAAGCCAGAAAAAAUGAUUCAAUUUUCUUCCACCACCCAAAAUCAAACCCCAAUCCUCCAAGAAAAAUCCCAAUUUUCAGAACAAAACAAGAAACUCGAGUGUGUGUCUGUGUGUGGACGCAGGGCUUGCUUUCCAUGUGCAGAUAACGGGAAGCAAAAAAAAAAAAAAGGGUUGAGCAAAAAUGGCAAUGGCUAUGGCUCUUCGCCGACUUUCUUCCGUCGUCGACAAACGGGUUAAGCAUCUCUACAACAAUGGGGGCUCCCUCUAUUACAUGUCUUCUCUACCAAAUGAGGCUGUUUACGAGAAGGAAAAGCCUGGCGUUACGUGGCCGAAGCAGUUGAAUGCUCCACUUCAUGUGGUUGAUCCUGAAAUUGCUGAUAUUAUUGAGCUCGAAAAAGCCAGGCAAUGGAAGGGACUUGAACUCAUUCCUUCCGAGAACUUCACUUCUGUCUCUGUUAUGCAAGCAGUUGGUUCUAUUAUGACUAACAAAUACAGUGAAGGAUACCCCGGUGCUAGAUAUUAUGGAGGAAAUGAAUACAUUGACAUGGCUGAAACACUGUGCCAAAAGCGUGCUCUAGAAGCGUUUCGGUUGGAUCCUGCCAAAUGGGGAGUUAAUGUCCAGCCCCUAUCAGGGUCUCCAGCAAAUUUUCACGUUUACACUGCGCUAUUGAAACCUCAUGAAAGAAUUAUGGCGCUUGAUCUUCCUCAUGGUGGGCAUCUUUCCCAUGGAUACCAGACUGACACAAAGAAGAUAUCUGCUGUUUCCAUCUUUUUUGAGACUAUGCCAUACAGAUUGAAUGAGAGCACAGGCUACAUUGACUAUGACCAGCUAGAGAAAAGUGCAACACUUUUCAGGCCAAAGUUGAUCGUUGCUGGUGCUAGUGCUUAUGCUCGUCUCUAUGAUUAUGAACGUAUUAGGAAGGUCUGUGACAAGCAGAAAGCUAUCAUGCUUGCAGAUAUGGCACACAUCAGUGGAUUAGUUGCUGCUGGUGUCAUUCCCUCUCCAUUUGACUACGCAGAUGUUGUGACCACAACAACCCACAAGUCACUCCGGGGACCUCGUGGUGCCAUGAUUUUCUUUAGAAAGGGUGUCAAAGAAACAACUAAACAGGGCAAAGAGGUGCUGUAUGAUUAUGAGGACAAAAUCAACCAGGCUGUCUUUCCUGGACUUCAGGGUGGUCCUCACAACCACACUAUUACUGGUUUGGCGGUUGCGCUAAAACAGGCGACGACACCAGAGUACAAAGCAUACCAAGAGCAAGUGCUUAGUAACUGUGCAAAGUUCGCCCAGACACUGGCUGAGAACGGGUAUGAACUUGUAUCAGGUGGAACUGACAACCACUUAGUUUUGGUGAACCUUAAAAACAAGGGUAUUGAUGGUUCCAGGGUUGAGAAAGUGUUAGAGGCUGUGCACAUUGCAGCUAACAAGAACACAGUUCCUGGAGAUGUUUCUGCCAUGGUUCCUGGUGGCAUCAGGAUGGGAACUCCUGCUCUUACUUCUAGGGGAUUUGUGGAAGAGGAUUUUGCAAAAGUUGCUGAGUUCUUUGAUGCUGCUGUGAAAUUGUCUGUAAAGAUAAAAUCUGAGACUAAAGGGACAAAGCUGAAAGACUUUGUCACCACUAUGGAGUCUGCUGCUUUCCAAUCUGAGAUAGCCAAACUUCGUCAUGAUGUGGAGGAGUAUGCAAAACAAUUCCCAACCAUUGGAUUUGAGAAGGAAACAAUGAAGUACAAAAAAUGAAAAUCUGAAUUUGCUUGCCAUCCAGGUACCAUGUGCAAUCUGAGAUGAGAUAUUCUUCUUUAGUACGAUGACGAAAAUUGGGAGAGCUUCCGGAGUGAUAUUUCAAAUCUUCAAAUCCCACUGAACUGUAUAUGUACAUUAGAAGUGUUAUUAAUAAAGCAACAAACCAUUUUGAUCCCCCUUCAUGAAAUCAUUAUUUUAUGCUGAUUUGCUCUUAGUAUAAUACCGAUGAAAAUUGAUGCAUUCAAGCACCCCUGGUGUUGCAUUAUUAAAAAAGGGGGUGCCUGGUUGGGGGGAAGGGGAGGGUAUGGUAUCUUUUUUAUGGGUUUCACAUCCUUUUGAAAGUGUUUGGUUCAUCAGAUUCGGGCCCACACGUAUGGAUUUAAUACCAAUAAUAGUCCAUCUAUCAUUCCCUGCAAAAUUAGAGGUUAUGCUCAUCUUUUCUCAUUUUAUCCUCUCUUUGAUUUUUAUUCUUUUUUUUUUUCCCUUCUCCUCUUGACACCCUUGUUCUCCUAUUUUCUUCUUCCUCAUUUCUUCUGCUUCUCUCCAGUCUCUACCGAUCCUACUCCCAUCUUCAGCCCCCUCCUGUUCUUUUCCUCCGCUCCGCCGCUGCCACCCUCAUUAAUUUUUUCUUCUUCAAAACAAUUGAGAUCCUAUUAUUAAUCUUUUAUCCACCAAAUCAACUUUUUGUGCUAAUUUGAUCCUUUUUCAUGUUGAUACCGCCAAAAUUGAGACCCUACUCUCAAUGAGACCAUUUUAUUCGAUUUAUCGAAUUAGAGUUUGGGGGUUAAUUAUGUAGUUUUUCUAGAAUUCUUUUUUUCUUGUAUAUUUCCUUUUUCUUUUGUUUCUUGAAGUGUUAGAUCUCGAAUGAGUUAAAUAAUGAUUGUAAAAUCCUACAAUUUUGCAUAAGAAAAUUUAUUGGUGAUAAAGUAAUGUUUUUCUUUCUGAAAAAUUUAUGGUUUAAGUCUUUGAGAUUCAGAGAACAGAGAUGGAUAGAGCUAUGGGAAGAGGGGAUAAAAAUGAAACUUGAUAUCCAUUCCCAUGUUAGUAUUAGCACUAACCAAGUAAUUGUAUUGGAGAUUUCAUACCUUGCACAAUUUUUGUUUGAAAUGAAUCUUAAUUUCUAUCAUUUUUUGUUUGAAAUGAAUCUCAAUUUCUAUCAUUCCCAAAUCCACCGAAAUUAUGAACCAAGCACCUCCUAAACU